AUGUGGGCGCGGGCCAACCGGGCGGCGGAGGAGCUGUACGCCGGUCUGCUGCAGAAAUUUAAUGAAGAAAAGAAAGGAAUAUCUAAGGACCCGUUUAUCUAUGAGGCUGACGUUCAAGUACAGUUGAUCAGCAAAGGGCAGCCAAACCCCUUGGGAAAUAUCCUGAAGGAAAAUGACGUUAUAUUCAUUGUGGAACAAGUGCCCUUAGAAAAGAAAGAGACGAGUCAUGUGGAAGAAUCACAGCCUGAAGAAACUGCCAUUUUGGAUUUCUCUACUGGUGAAAAUGUGGGGCCCCUUGCUUUGCCAGUCAGGAGAGCCAGGCAGUUAAUCGGGUUGUACACCAUGGCUCACAACCCUAACAUGACCCAUUUGAAGAUUGAUCGGCCAGUUACUGCCCUCCCUCCUCUUUGGGCAAGAUGUGACAGUUCAGAUCCUGAAGGUACCUGUUGGCUAGGAGCUGAGCUUGUCAGCACAAAUGACAGCAUCACAGGAGUCGUCCUGUAUGUGGUCACUUGUAAAGCUGAAAAAGGUUAUCUGGCAAAUCUUGAACACCUAAAAAAUUUACACAAGAAAAGGCAUCACGUUUCUGCUGUCACGGCCAAGGGCUUUGCCCAGUAUGAGCUCUUCAAGUCCACUGCCCUGGAUGAAACCAUCGGCACAUCACAUACUACGAUCAUAUUGGAUAUCUCUUGGAGUCCUGUGGAUGAGAUUCUUCAAAGCCCUCCGCUCUCUUCAGCUGCGACUCUGAAUAUCAAAGUGGAGUUGGGAGAACCCAGAAGUCGUGUGAAUCAUCUCCACGGAGAGCUCAGGUUCCUCCUCGUUUUGGCUGAUGGCAUGAGGACUGGUGUCACCGAGUGGCUUGAGCCUCUGGAAGCAAAAGCUGCUGUGGAACUUGUGCAGGAAUUUCUGAACGAUUUGAAGCAGCUGGAUGGAUUUGCUGAUUCUAUGAAAAAGGACACAGAGGGUGUGAAGCCCGACGCUGCCGCCGUGGACAGGUCUGUGCUCAUCGCAGUGCGUGGAGACCUCGACUUCGCCGAGCAGCUCUGGUGCAAGAUGAGCAGCAGUGUGGUCUCUUAUCAAGACCUGGUGAAGUGUUUCACGUUGGUCAUCCAGAGUCUGCAGCGUGGCGAUGUCCAGCCCUGGCUCCACAGUGGCAGUAACAGCUUGCUGAGCAAGCUCAUCCACCAGUCUUACCAUGGAGCUAUGGACACGGUCUCUCUCACGGGGACUGUUCCACUUCAGAUGCUUUUGGAGAUCGGUCUGGACAAACUCAAGAAAGAUUAUAUCAGUUUUUUCAUUGGUCAAGAACUUGCAUCUUUGAAUCAUUUGGAAUACUUCAUUUCUCCAGCAGUAGAGUUACAAGAGCAGGUUCAUCGUGUGCAGAAGCUCCACCAUAUCCUGGAAAUAGUCAUCGGUUGCAUGCUUUUCAUUAAACCUCAACACGAGCUGCUCUUUUCCCUAACACAAUCCUGCAUAAAAUACUAUAAACAAAAUCCUCUUGAUGAACAGCACGUUUUUCAGCUACCAGUCAGGGCAGCUGCCGUGAAAAACUUAUACCAAAGUGAGAAGCCACAGAAGUGGAGAGUGGAAAUCAACAGUGGCCAGAAGAAGGUUAGGACGGUCUGGCAGCUGAGUGACAGCUCACCUGUAGAGCAUCUGAGUUUUCACAAACCCGACUUCUCUGAGCUCACCCUGAACUGCAGCCUGGAGGAGAGGGUGCCCUUCACCAGCCUGGUGACCUGUAGCCAAGUGCAUUUCAAGUAAAGUGUGCUGAGGGCUCUUCCAAGUCAUAGGUCCCAGCACAAAACAGAAGAGGGGGAGGGGGAGGAAAUAAAUCAACGAGCCUGACAUGCACAUGAACCCCACAGCGGAUGGCGGCCGGUUCCUCU